GGCUCUCACUGAUGCCUGCUGUGUGAGAGAGGCAGAAACACAUUGCAUUGCAGACAAAAAAAGGAUAACCUUCUCGUAAGCAGGAUUCUAAGGGUGCUUGGCUAUGGACAACCCAUGGAAUUUACUCUUAGACUGACAAUUUGUUAUACAGUGCUGAGAGUUGUUUCAUAGAGUUUCAGGACAUUGACAUUUGUCUGAUAUUGGUGGUAUUUUCCUGGACGUCAACACAGCGAGUUUUGGAACUGAGAUAAGCAUAUUUAAAGAGGUGCUCUCCUUGAAGCAAAGCAUUUAAGAAACAGAAACUAAAGGGGUGAAAUUUAUGGAGUAUGGACUAUCAGUGGAUUCUAUGUUACACCCUGUCAUAUGUGUUUCACUCUGCUGGAAGUUGCUGCAUAGAGGAACUUCCUUCAGUAUCUUUUAAUUGUUGUAAAUGCAAUCUUUCUGUGGUACCACUGGACUUACCUAUAUAUACUACACAGUUAGAUCUUAGUUUUAAUCCAUUGAAGAGGCUUCACAAAAAGGAAUUCUUACAAAUGUUGAAACUUGAGUUUCUAGACCUUACAAGGUGCAGUAUUACCUCAAUUGAAGAUCAUGCUUUCUUUGGCCUGGAAAAUUUGCAAACGCUAAUCCUUACUGGAAACCCAAUAAGUCACUGGUCUCCACUAACCUUUUCAGGCCUAACUUUCUUAAAUCGACUUGUUAUAGUAGAAACAUCUCUAACAUCACUAUCAAAUCUCCCUGUGACACAACUUACCUCGCUAAAAGAACUGAAUGUUGGCAGGAAUUUGCUCAAGAGUUUGUACCUACCUUCCUAUGUGUCUUCCCUACACAUUCUGAACCUCUAUGCAAACCAGAUUUCUGAUAUAAAAGAAAAUGACCUGAAGAACCUACAGAAUACAAAUGUGUUCAAUCUUUCUCUUAUAUUAUCUCAGAAUCCUAUAGACUACAUUGCUCCUGGUGCCUUCAGAUUCCUUUCCUUACAUAUGUUACAUUUAAAAGGAUGUUUUUCGAAUGCAGAUAUAAUGAAUACUAACUUAAAUGCCAUGUCUGGACUUCGUGUCGAGAAGCUUGUUGUCGGUCAUUAUAGAAACUCUUUUUCAAAGAUUAGUUCACAGACUGGAUCUUUUGAGGGACUAUGUGGAAUGAAUGUCAAGGAGUUGACAAUUAAUGGUUUGCACUUUGCUACAAAUACCUUUUCUGAAUGUUUUAGAAACCUCACGUCAAUGCGUGUGGUAAAUACUGAUUUAACAUUAAUGUCAUUCCAAUCUGGAGCCUCCAACAUUGAAAAACUUGAAAUCAAACAAAGUCUGCUCUUUCAUAUGCCUUCCACAGCCAUCUCAGCACUUAAGCAACUUAAAGAGAUUCGGAUAACAAAAAACCAAAAAUUGGAAAACUUUGAAGACCUUAUAGAAGUACCUAACCUUGAGUUAUUGGACCUAAGCAAUAAUAAUUUAAAGAUUGACACAUGUUGCUCUCAGAUUUCUAAUGGGGCACCUAUUAUUCAUCAUCUAAACCUUAGUUAUAAUCCUCUGAUGGUCUUAGCUACACAGUUCUUAAAUAUGUCCCAUCUUCGUACACUAGAUCUCAGUCACACUCAGCUGACCAAUGUUGGCGAAUACCCAGUCUUUUUGUUACUGGAAAAACUUAUUUAUCUUGAUGUCUCAUACACAUCAUGCCAUUUUUAUAUCCAGUGCUCAUUUUGUGGUCUAUGCAGUCUAGAAGUACUUAAAGUAUCCCAUACUACUUUUGAUGCUAAUAUAUUGGCUUCAGUUUUUAAAAACCUGACUGAGCUCCGUUUUCUAGACAUGUCAUCUUGUGGACUGAAGUAUAUCCCGACUGAAACCUUUGUCAGUCUUACGUUAUUACAUACGUUAGACCUUAGUAAGAACAAUUUGCUGGAACUGCAGGCCUCAGUCUUUAGCCACUUAGCAGCACUCACAUAUUUUAAUGUGAGCUCCAACCGCUUCCAGAGUUUCUCUGAAGAAACCACACAAUGUUUAUCUCAAAAUUUGGUGAAAGUGGACCUCUCCCAUAAUCCAUAUGACUGCUCUUGCGAUCAGGAAACAUUUCUGCUGUGGGUUUACGAGCAGAGCAGCAGAGGCCUGAGGUUUAGAGAAAGUCUGGAAUGUAAUACACCCGAAUACCUCAAGGGUACACAGCUUAGUAAAGUGAACCUAAGUUGUAAUUUGACCAUUUAUGUAUGUUUCGGGGUGUUUGCAAUUACAGUAGUCAUUGCUGGGGGUUUGUUUCAUUGUUAUAAACAAAAAUAUUUUCACCUUUGCUAUUUAUUACAAACCGAUAAAUAUGAUAAUCCGGAAAAAGAAUAUGAUGCAUUUGUUAUCCAUUCCAGCAUAGAUGAAGAAUGGGUAAAAGAGCAAUUGGUUCCCAAAUUGGAAGAGGGUUACCCAUGCUUCAAAUUAUGCUUACAUUACAGGGAUUUUAUACCAGGUGUUCCCAUUACUUCCAAUAUUGUGAAUGAAGGCAUUCGUAGGAGCCGGAAAGCUUUAGUUAUACUGUCACAAAACUUUAUCGAGAGCAAGUGGUGCAGCUUUGAAUUUGAGAUGGUCUUGUCCUGGCAAUUUUUGGAGAGUCAAUGUGGAAUCAUUGUUAUCCUGCUGGAGGCAGUUAAUAUGGCCCAUCUGAAACAUAUGCUUGGACUUAACAAAUAUCUACGUAAGAACACUUACCUGAAGUGGGUGGAUGGAUAUGUAGAAAGAAAAGUUUUCUGGAAACGUUUGAGGGAAGCAUUACAGCAAGGGAAUGAAUUAACAAACUCUGCUCCGGAGCCAGAAGAUGUCAAUGAAGAAAAGUACAAGAAACAAAAUGAACACAACAGAAUGAAUCUAUGAAAAUAAUGAAUGAGUGAUAUUAUUGGAAUGACGAACAAGGCACUUAAUGACUAAAUAUUUCCAGGCCAAGUGGAUAUAUUCCUGGGAGUUGAUAAUGUCUAUGUUUGUUCAAAUUUGUGGUUAAAUUUGUGAGUAAAAUAGCAUUCUUUGUGUUGUCUAUGGCAAAUGAAUACAGAAAUGUCUUGUCCAGAAUUAGGAAGCCAGAAGAAGCGCCAGUAUUGUCCUUGGGCUUUCUUUAGUAUUGCUUCUCAGUCUUAUUUACUAGAAUGUGUUGAGCUGCCAUACUAGGCACAGCCUAUGUAUGAGAUUGGUGGUUUCUGAAAAAAAGCAGACGCAUUUUUCGGAUUUUGGACAACCUCUCUAAAUGGGUGUUUUGAUUUCAGCAUGUUAUUCCUUAUCCACAAGAUAGGAGAUUACUAGCAUAUUGAUGGGGAUGCACAGCCACUGCCCCAUGUUUCUCUGUGGGGCUGAGGGCUGAGUUUAAGUCCCAGCAGUUCAGACUUCAACCAAUUCCCUUGUUAUACCCUAUCCUGUGGCUAAGGGAUAACUUGUUGAAGUAAUAAUACCCUUUAAACUUUUGUCACUUAAAACAUGUGCUAUGCUCUGAAAGUGUAUAUCACCUAUUCAACCUUAAGUACCCCAUAAAACAGAUGUUUCUAACUUUUCUAACUUAAAGUGAAUCUGACAGCAGGAAUAUACAGGUAGAUAGUGUGGGUGAUUCUGUUUCUAUGGCCAUGUUCACACAGCAGAAAUUGUGCAGAAAGUCCGAUUGGACCUAUUGGAAAUUCACUGUCUCAUAGACAGCAAUGCCAAGUGAAAUCUGCGAAAAAAAAAAAAAGACAUGUCUAUUCUUUCUGUGGACAUCAGAAUCAGGAUUUCCGGGAAAUUCCAUUGUGUAAACAGUGCAUCAGAAUCCCUUUGAAAUCAAUGAGACUCUGUUGCAGCGGAAUGUCUUUGCAGAAUAUUCUGGUGGAAUUCCGCAUUGACAUUCCGCUGUGUGAACAUACCCUAACACUGCUUACCAGGCGAAAAUAGGUGGAGCUGUUUCGGAGACGUUCGUCUGAUUGCCAAUAUGGUAAUUCCUUGUUAUGAGGUGGGCCGCUGCAGCAUGAGCUAUGCUUUCUCCCACCCAGUGAGAUUGAGAGAGGUGGGAGUGUUGAUAUUGGCCAGAGCAGGUGGGAGAAAGUGUUGCUCAUACUGCAGUGGCCCACUUCCAUUACACAGAACAAGGAACUACCACGUAAAGCAAUCAGAUGAAUAUGUCUGGAACGGCUGCACUGAUUUUCACCUGGUAAGCAACAUUAGAAACAGGGUCACCUGCACUAUCUACCUUUAUUAGGUAGUGUAGUUUACCCUGCUGUCAGAUUUCCUUUAUAUCAUCUAAAUGUGUUUUUCCGACUACAAAUGUUUCUAUAAUUCACAUGAAUGGUCAAAUAGAACAAACAUCAGGAUCAGGUCACUAGCCUAGCUCUCCCCUUAAUGGUCUAUUCACACGUACAGUAUUCUGCGCAGAUUUUAUGUGCAGGAUUUUAUGCUGCAGAUUUCAAUGUAAACUGAAUGACUGAACACAGCUUGAAAUCCUGUGCAUCAAAUCUGCAAAGAAUACUGUACAUGUGAAUAGACCCUUAAGGAGUAGUCAGUGCCUGGGUUGCAAAAAAAAAUGAAAGAAAACAAACUUUAACUCACCUUCC